AUGCUCAGCUUCAUAUUUCAAUGUCAAUUUAUGCUGAAUGUAUUCUUUAAACUUUCAGUUUGCGGAAAAAGCGCGAUGAUUCAAGCUUGUAACAGUAACAAUAAAAAAGAUCUCUUUGAAAUAUCUGAAAAACUUCCAAAUAUUCUGAGAUCACCACUUAAGUAUCAAAAUUUUCAACAUGUGAAAACGCUAAAAGCAUAG